CGCUCAGUGUGGCCGCGCAAACGGUCGCCAACUUGGACACAAAGCGGUCGCUUGGAAUCGCGCUCGCUGCGAAAUAUUAAACAAGCAAGGCACUAGCAGCUAACUGCUAUGCAAAUGCCAUCGAGGGUGGUGCAAUUGGAUUAGUGAAUUAGUAAAAACGAUUGGCGGACGUAAAAAAGUCACAAAAGUUGAAGUCAAAAAUCGUUGUAGCGCGCAGAGUGCAAUGUGAAAAAUAAAUAUUUAAAAAAAGCGUUGAAAUAAAGUUAAAUAAAAUAUAAAUUAAAAAAGUGAAUAACAAGAAAUCGGAAAGCGGUGAAUGAUUUUAAGUCGGACUUUCAAUGUCAAACCAUUAGAAGAGACCACAGCGAAGUUGCACGCGUGUUUGAAUAGCGUUCGGCGCUUGCGGGCGGAUAUCGUAUAUAAUAUACAUACAUACAUAUAUGUAUGUUUGUAACUGAUUAUCUUGUGUUUUGGCUUUAAUUCACAGAAAACCAUGAAACAUUAUAAAAAUGUGUAAAACAAGAUUAUAGCUCGAAAGACAUUAAAAAAAGUGCAAUUACAUAACCAAACUUUGCGAUUUUCGAAGACCGCAUAUACCAUAAACACAGUGCAAAGCGAAGCUUCAAAAAUACUUUAUCACAUCAAUUCGAUUCACUUGGUCAAACGAAAGGAAACCACCAAAACGACACUCGACAUACACGCAAACACACAGGCAAAUGGACAUGCAUAGUAGCUGUGUUGCCGCAAAGCCGUAGAGAAGGGAGCAAGCGAGCAAAUGCAGUUCCCUUAUAUUUUCAGAUAUUUAUAUAUUUUUGUAACUGUAGCAACGAAGAAAAGCAAGGAAGUUAGUGAAAAAAUCGAAAAUAAAUAAAAUUGUGUGGAGAUAACAAAAAUGCAUUGGCAAGCGCGCGUAAUCCUCGUGGCGUUAGUCACGCUGUGCCUCAGCGGCGUGCUAUGGAGCUGUGUCAGUGCUUAUCAGGUGGGAGUGGGACGUGCGGAUAGUACGGGACCACCAGUGGAAAUACAUUUCAUGGGUUAUGCUAACCUCAAACAAGUGGGACGCGGUCUGCACUUGCGCCAAUUUGCACGCGCCUUCGUUGUCGAGGAUGACAACCACAAGCGCGUCGCCUUCGUCUCCGUGGAUGCGGGCAUGAUGGGUUACGGCGUCAAGCGCGAGGUGGUGAAACGUUUGCAAGCGCGCUAUGGCGAUAUUUACACGGCGGAUAAUGUGGUUAUCAGCGGCACGCAUACACACAGCGCACCCGGCGGCUUUCUCAUGCAUUUAUUGUAUGAUAUUUCGAUUUUGGGUUUCGUACCGCAGACUUUCGAGGCGCUUGUGCAGGGUUGCUACUUGAGUAUCAAACGCGCCACCGACAAUAUGGUGGAUGGCAGGAUCUUCCUCUCAAGAACCACUAUCCUAAAUGUGAACAUUAAUCGCUCACCAACCUCUUAUUUGCGUAAUCCCGUGGAGGAACGUGCGCAAUAUGAGCACGAUGUGGAUAAGGUGCUGACGCAAUUGCGUUUCGUCGAUUCGGAGAAUACUUUGUUGGGCGCUUUCAAUUGGUACGCGGUACAUCCGACCUCAAUGAAUAAUACGAACAAAUUGAUGACCUCUGACAAUAUGGGUUAUGCUUCGCUGCUUUUGGAGAAGGAAUACAAUACGAAUAAAGUACCCGGAAAAGGCAAAUUUGUUGGCGCUUUCUGUUCGUCGAAUUUGGGCGAUGUGUCACCGAACAUUAUGGGUCCGAAGUGUUCGAUUAGUGGUAAUGAUUGCGAUCUACUUACUUCGAAAUGUCCACAAAAAGAAGGCGAGUGUUUUGCGUCUGGUCCCGGACGCGAUAUGUUUGAAAGCACUGAAAUUAUAGCAAGCCGUUUAGCUGAUGGUGCUUUGCGCUUACUAAACGAUAACAGUCAAGAGACGACAAGUCGUGAAAUAGUCGGCGAGUUGGCCUACAUUCACCAAUUCGUCGAUAUGCCCAACUACAAUGGCACCACAUACAAUCCACUACAAAAAAAACUGGACAAGAUACGCGGUUGUCUGCCCGCCAUGGGUUACAGUUUUGCUGCUGGCACCACGGACGGACCGGGCGCGUUUAGUUUUGAACAGGGCACCAUUACCGGCAACGCAAUGUGGAACGCGGUGCGUGAUUUCAUAGUACCGCCAACACAAGAAGACAUCAGCUGUCAUUCGCCGAAGCCCAUAUUAUUAGCAACGGGCAGGGCGACAUUCCCCUACGAGUGGCAACCGAAAAUUGUGUCUACGCAGCUGUUGAAGAUCGGCGAUCUGAUACUGGCCGCUGUCCCCGGCGAAUUCACCACAAUGGCUGGACGUCGUUUGCGUAAUAAGAUUAGCGCUGUGGCUGUGGCGACUGGGGGCAAAGAUACUGAAGUCAUUAUCGCUGGUUUAUCGAAUAUUUAUACUAGUUAUAUCACAACGCCGGAGGAGUAUCAAGCCCAAAGGUAUGAGGCAGCAUCGACAAUUUUUGGUCCGAACACGCAUACAAUCUAUAUGGAUGUCUUCGAGCAAUUGACGAAAGCAAUGAUACGUGGCGAGCGCCUGCCACCGGGACCCGCACCACCAUACAUGAAUGAUCGCAUGCUGUCGAUGAAUACUGGCGUCAUUUUCGAUGGUCAUCCGAUCGGCAAGGAUUUCGGUUUCGUUAAGCUGCAACCCAAAAAGUCGUACCAAAUCAAUGAAACUGUGGUAGUCACUUUUAUUGCUGGCAAUCCGCGUAAUAAUCUAUUCCCUGAGAAGACAUACUUUGCGGUAGAGCGUAAGAUCAACGAAGAACGUUGGAAGGUCGCUUAUACAGAUGCCAGUUGGGAAACGAAAUUCAUUUGGGAGCGCGUUCAUCUGAUACUCGGCUUCAGCGAUAUUCACGUUCACUGGACCAUCGGCGCUAACACUCUGCCCGGCGAAUAUCGCAUUCGGCAUUUCGGCAAUUACAAGUAUAUUUUAGGUGGCAUUUUCCCAUAUGAAGGCAUUUCGAACUCAUUCUUGGUGACGGAAGACUAA